GGUCGAGACCAGGGGCGGACUGACCAUUUGGAAACUCGGGCACUGCCCGAGGGCCCGGGGUCAGUAGGGGGCCCCGUGAGAUGCCACUGUUACCUUUUUCAUAGGCUUUUUGAGUUUGGAAAAGGACACAGGGGCCCCAUGAUCCCCUAUUGCCCGGGGGCCCCAUGAGUUGUCAGUCCACCCCUGGUCGAGACAAAUAUUUCUAGUCCAGCUGUGUCUCUGAUCCUUUUCUUCUUGGGUCCGCUGUUGGUACUCCUGGAUUCUUCCCCCUGCCGAUGGAGACACUUGUGUAGGCUUGCACUGUG